AUGUCUCUGACGAGCGACAAGUUCCCCUCCUCGGCCGCCUUUGACGCCAUCAACGAGGCGCUCAACGCUAGCGACGCCGACCGCAAGGAUGCGAUCAAGCAGGGCAACGCCGUCUUUGCCUUCACCCUUAAGAACGGUGGCGGCGAGACGGAGAGCUGGACGAUCGACCUGAAGAACUCGGGCAAGGUUUCCAAGGGCAUCGAGGGCAAGCCCAAUGUCACGCUAUCACUGUCGGACAGCGACUUUGGCAACCUCGUUACCGGCAAGGCCAAUGCCCAGCGGCUAUUCAUGUCGGGCAAGCUCAAGAUCAAGGGCGAUGUCAUGAAGGCGACGAAGCUCGACCCCAUCCUGAAGAAGGCCCAGACCAAGGCGAAGCUGUGA